AUGUUCUUUUUUCUUCAUAUCCAAUCAAAUCUUUCUCAUUGGUCAUUACAUACUAAAUCAUUGAAGAACUUAGCGUGCGGUGAGCAUAAAGGAGAGAUUGAAGAGAAGGUAAAGCCAUACGCACUCUGGCAAUUCGUUUACACAGCUCAAUCGUUCUAUUCUAUCCCUUAUAGUAGUGAUACAUCAUCUUCAGCUACUUCGCAGUAUCAUGCUCAAUUGUAUUCGGGCCAAAAACAGUUGCAAAAACGGCACCAGCAACAACAACAACAACAGUCACUCAGCCAACACCUUCACUAUCAACAUAAUUCUAAUACUGCCAAUACCACUGCUACUGCUUCUUCUACUCAUGCGAAUGCUUUAUCACUUCAUACCCUUAACUGUAAUAAACCAACCCAUUUAAAUUAUAAGGUGAUAUCCUUUGAUCCACCAAACUUAUACCAUACCUCAUUAAAGUUGACCUCCGAAAUUGAUAUUCAUGCAUGGUGGUCCUCUCUUGUCAAGAUUUUUUCAGGAAAUUCGUUUCAUGCCACUAGAAUUGCGCUAAGUAUACCCCAAGAUCCAAAUGAUCCCUAUAAUGGUCCUUGGGGUUUAAAAGCAGUCUACAAUAAAACAGGCUCUAUCAGUCAAGAUACGGAUCAAAAUAAUCGAAAGAACAAUUCAUACACAGUACAGACCGACGACGAUGAUUACUUUUUGCACAGUCAUACCGUUCAUGAGACAACAGCUCCUAGACACAUUCCAUGGUGUUUUGAACGAUUACAGCCUUUUGAAUCAGAGCCUGAGCCUCUCAUCAACAAUCCAAGUAUCAGCAGAAUAUUGAAAAGGAAUGCACCCGUUGUUCUCUCUAGAGAAUAUCGCAGAAAGUCAUCCACCUCCUCAACAAAAAAGCCUUCUAAUGAAGACUACAGUUUUGAGCUCUUUAAAAGGGCUUUGAUGGAAAGAAAUGAUAAAAAUCGCAAGUCGAGUUGGUCACUGCCCAUCAUUACAACGCCUUGUUUAUCAAAGGAUGAAACAUCUGAAAUAUUGGUGGACGGUACAUUACUCUCAGAAACAAAUCUCGAUGAUUUGGUUGAGAAUGCAACACUAGCCGAAGCUGCUGCAUCGAACAAUAUAGGUAGUAAGCAUAAUGCCCCCAUCUCCACAUUUAUACCCGAUUAUGAUGAGUAUGAGCAGCAGCAACCUUCACCAUGGUCUCAGUCACCGGCCCCUUCACCAGCUAUCAUGGACGCUGAAAUAAAUCCUUUUUUCCAAUCACCUCCGGAUAUUGACGACGAUGCUUUCAAUCCCGCAUCACCUGAGAAUUAUGACAACACAUCUGUACCGUUUCCGCCUCCUAUUUCCAAUGUGCAUUCAGUUGUACAUGUUCCUCUUUUUCACCCUUCUGAUGUAAUAGAUGCACAUAAUCAACAUCAGCUUAAUCACCAUCCUUACUUUCCAAAUUACAGUAUGCCAACUCAUUAUCCCAACACUAUCAGCCAUGGAGUCGAUGGGGCGCAUACAACUAAGCGCAACGGUCACAGUAGCAAUCCAACACCCAUUGCUAUAUUGUCCUUCCUUGCGCCUGUUGUACCUUAUCCCCCCAUUUUAUUAAACAGUAUCAACUCACUUUCUCCAUUCAUCGCUACAAGUUUUACAAAUGCAAAUCAAAAUUCUCAAUUUAGGAAGCAAGGUCAACCAUUACGUACCAGUAGCAGUAGCGGAAAAGGUGUCAGUAAUGACAAAUAUACUGAACAACAUAUAAGCAGUAGUGUUGGAAACCCAGUAGAUCAGGGUAAUAGUAAAAGACCAAAAGCUCGUAGGAAUAAAUCCUCUUCAAAAUCUCAAACGAUUGUACAGCAAUAUAUGAACAGACAAAGCAAGUCAGAUGCUGAGGAUGAUGACGAAGACAAAUUUGAGCGAGAUUUUGGAUCGACAACCACAACACCCAUUGCUGCUUUUCCUUCGCAGCAUCUUGAAAGACCUAAUCAUUUGAAUUUUAUGUCAAACUUUACUCGAAGCUCUUUAGAUACGGUUCACACAGAUGUACAGUCGCCAUUAUUUUCGCAACAACCAUUUGGAGCAGUACCUCAUCAGUUAAACACAGCAAAAGAGGAACAACAGCAAGAAGCUGCACAGGCAGUGGUGGAAGAGAAAACAUGUGGCACUGCCACCAGCAGUGUUGCUGGUAACUCUCCUGACGAAGAAUCAAUGCAUUCUGAAUUCUCGUCUCUGUCUUCCUUAUCAGAUCAAUCAACAUUUUCAGCGCCUGCAGAAAGUUUGCAUCAAAUCAACAAUUUGCUGUUGGAUUCGGAUGAUGUCCAGGCAGAUGAUCAUCAAUCAAAUUCAGAAACAAAUUCGAAUGACAUAAUGUUACCCAAUUUCCAUCAUUAUCCAUAUCAAAAGCAGCAGCAGCACAGAAAAGGAUCUUCUUCGCAUAUUUCAUCAACAACGACAACUAACACGAAUAACGCGAAUAAUUCUGUUUUAUUGGAAAGAAGACAAUCGACUGGCAGCAUUUCUCGUACUUCAUCCUUCAAAGCCUUAUCGCCUUCGUCUAUUGCAGUGAUGGAAGGCUGGGAUGCUGUUUCACCUACAACGGGUUUACCCAUUUCAGCUUCCAUACCGCCCCAUGAUAUGUGUAGCGAUACCAAUUGCUGCUGUGAUGACGGCCAUUCAACUCAAUUUGGUGUUGAAAAAGGAGACGAAAGGGCUAUAAUGAAGGACGCUGAUCCCUUUUUAGAAACAGAUAUGGAUGAUAAUUUUGCAGCCGAUGUGGAUGAUAAUGAUGAAGAUGAUUGCGACAACUCCUGUGUGGAUGAUGGUAGUCUGUCUGCAAGAAAAAGAGUAGUAGGGACAGAAGAUGAGAAUGCCGGCUUCGAUGAACAUACUUCCGAUUUAUUACUCUGCCAACGGAUGAUAGCAGAGGGAGACAGGCUUUUCACUCACAGUACCAGCAAUAAUAAGCGACAGCAAUCUGUAUACAACCGGUCAAGAAGAAGAAGCAAGAAGAAGCGGAAAUAUUCUUACAAACAUUUUAAGCGACAACAACAAUAUGAUGAUGACGGCUUUCAUUAUCAUCAUAAUCAUUCAGAAGCGGGACAUGCUCGUUCCAGUAGUGAUCCUUUUUUGGUCGUGCCAAGAUCAAGUCUCUUGCGAUUAAUUAUUGAUGGCAUUCCCAUUCACGUAUUUACCUAUUCUGCACGUACAAGGCAAGUCACUUGGGUCAACAACAGAACUUUACAAUAUACAGGGCGAUCUUUGAACGAACAUUUGGGGCCUAAAUGGCUUUCCCACAUGCACCCGGAUGACCAACCCGAGUGUAAAAAGGCUUGGGAACAAGCAUACGAGCAAGGAAAUGGUUUCGCUGGCGAGUACAGACUCAGGCGGUUCGAUGGUGUAUAUCGCUGUUUUCUGUGGAGGAUUGUCCCGUUAAGAGACGUUCGAGGAAGAAUAAUCCAUUGGUUUGGUACAUGUACGGAUAUCCAUGAUCAGCAUUUAGCAAAGGAGAAUAAUUUACGUCAGGUAGAAAUAGAAAGUAAUGAAAGGAAAUAUCGAUUGCUCGCAGAGGCUAUUCCUCAAAUCGUCUUUGCAUUCUCGCCAAGUGUUGGACUGACUUAUGCCAAUGGUAACUGGAGCGAGUACUCUGGAAAAUCUUUCUUGGAAACGAUGGGGCUAGGCUUUAUGUCAUGCGUACAUCCUGAAGAUAGAGCAAAACUCCAUUUACCUGAUCUACCAGGUAUACCUAAUAAAGCUGGCAUAUCUUGGCAGGAUGAGAUUCGUCUGCUUAGUGUGAAUGAGGAAUAUAAAUGGUUCCUUGUUAAAUGUGUGUCUGUUGACGAAUUAGAAACAGAUGACGUUCGUUGGUUCGGUACUUGGUAUGUUGUAUUUGCAUUAGAAAUCGUUACUGUGGUCACAGCAAAGACUAUUUUACUUAUAAAACUCGCCUUACCUUCGUCAAAUGUUCUUAGUACUGACAUCAAUGAUCAUAAGCUGCUCGAGCAGAAACUGAAAGAAGCACAUGACGCAGCGCAAAAAUCAACGGAAAGUAAAACACGCUUCUUGUCAAACAUGUCGCAUGAGAUUCGAACACCAUUGAUUGGCAUUACGGGCAUGCUGAAUUUCUUGCUUGAUACAGAACUAACAGCAGAACAAAUUGAUUAUGUUCAUACAAUUCAACAAUCAGCUGAAUCACUUCUUGUUGUUAUCAAUGAUAUUCUGGACUUGAGCAAAGUUGAAGCAGGAAUGAUGAAGUUGGAAUGGGAGCCUUUUAGUUUAGUUACAAUGAUAGAAGAUGCCAAUGAAUUGCUUUCCACCUUAGCCAUUCAAAAGAAUCUAGAACUAAGCUUCUGGGUCGAGGAUUCGGUGCCUGACGUUGUAGUUGGCGACCGAGUUCGCUUAAGACAAGUGCUUCUGAACUUGAUAGGGAAUGCUAUCAAAUUUACUUCGGAAGGAGAAGUUUUUACAAACUGUGUUGUUCAAAAUUUCGACAGAGAGGAGUCAGAAUUGACUUUGUUGUUCGAGGUGAUUGAUACUGGAACAGGGUUCAAUAAAAUGGAGGAAGCUGUCAUGUUCAAACCAUUCUCCCAAGUAGAUAGUUCUAGUACACGAAAGCAUGGUGGUAGCGGCUUAGGUCUGGUUAUAUCGCGUCAAUUGAUCGAACUUCAUGGAGGUACUAUGAAAUGUCAUAGUCAAAAGGGAAAGGGAUCAACCUUCUAUUUUACAGUUAAAUUCAGUGUUCCCACAUCACACACUCAACCAUUACCACAAACUCCACGAGAUGAAAAAAAAAGUGACCCUUUCUUCCGCUCAAAUGGCUAUGAAAAUAACAAUAAUACAGCACAAUCAGAUACUGAGAAAAAUGAAUACCGCAAUUUGUCACCCAUGCCUUUUGUUAGUAGAAAUAGCAAUGCAGUGGAUAUUCAACCAUUCUCUACCAGCAUGAUCAAUGAUAUCCCUGCAGCGACGACAGCUAAUGGCAAUGCUAUCAUACCAACAGAUAUGUUGCAGGAUGUUCUUUUAACAAAGGCAGCUACCAUGCAAUUAAAACCACCGCCUAUUCGUAAUACAUCGACAACCACGACGGCAGCUCAUGCUACGGUAACUGUUGCUAAAAAUCCGACCGUCUCAACCUGUGAUACCGCAGUAUCAAUAACAGCAACAGAAGAAACAGAAAAAGAGGCUUUAAAUAGAAGGCCUUCUGUGCGGGUUGACGAUAUAGUCGCCUUACCUUCGACUACCAACAAUGUAAGCACGGUUCUCAGUACUGCUACACCUACUAAUCCAAACUUUCUUCCGUCCGACGAUAAUACAGCUAAUAACAAAUCAAAUUCAAAUGAGCUUCGUAUACCUACAUUCAAUAAUGGCUCAACAGCCAAAACUUCUUCUUCAACAGCUUCAUCCAUUGGCAAUACAGAUCUUCUACCGCCACGGACACCAACAAUUUCCUCACCGUUACGUGCACUAAUCGUUUCUGAAUGGAAGUGGUCUCGGGAAUGCAUCGAAAAUAGCGUCAAAUCAAUUCUGAAUAAUAUUGUAAGCUUACCUUCAAAAGAAGAAGUGGGACGAGAAACAGAUGACGCUACUGCUUCUUAUUAUUGGGUGGAUACAAUAACAAACCAUAUCGAGGCCAUUGAGCGGUUGACUGACCCGAAUACACCGCCCUACGAUUAUAUUUUGAUCAACUUACCAUCCGAACAGCAUAUCUUAUUGAUAACCAAGACCAUUUGCGCAUCCCUGCAACAACGAAAUGCUAGUGUACUAGUUGUGACAACGCCUAUACAGCGAUCCCUCAUUACUGAGGGUGCCAAAGGUCAGGAAGAUCAAUUCUUCCCUAAAACUUGUGGCUUCGUCUUUAAACCUUUAAAACGGGCCAAAUUACGUUGGUAUUUCGGUAUUCGCGAUAGGAAUAAUAUUACGAAUACUGCGUCACCUUCUAGUAACAAUGAAGAUAAGCCUUCCGUCGUUAAUAAUGUUUCUGUGGCGACUCCAGAUACCCCUUAUAAAAGAGCAACUACCCAGAAAGAAAUAUUCAAACGUAUGGCUGCAGAUGUUGGAGGCAAAGGUUAUCGUGUUUUACUAGUGGAAGAUAACCUCGUAAAUCAGAAAGUCUUGACAAGAUAUUUAUCAAGGGUGGGUUUGAAUGUGGAUGUCGCAGCACACGGAGGAGAGUGUCUUGAAUUAUUUCACAAGCACCCCAAAGAUUAUUAUUGCCUCAUUCUUUGUGAUUUGUUCAUGCCCGUAAAAGACGGAUACGAGACAACACGUGAAAUCCGUGGGUGGGAAAAGGAGAACUUAGGACCUGACGAAAAGCCAAAGCCGAUUAUAGCCUUAUCUGCCAAUGUCAUGAGUGACGUAGCGAACAAAUGUUUUGACUGCGGAUUCUCUACCUAUAUCUCUAAACCUGUCAAUUUUGCAGUUUUAAGUGAUGUUAUACGUAAUUUUUUGUUAAACAAUGAACAUUCGCAGUUAAUGUCUCUUUCAUUACAAUCUAUUAGAGGUGUAACUUCACAUUUGACUCGUGUUCAACGCGCAGCUGCUUGCACUACCACUCUUAUGCGUAUGCUACAAACCAGUACAAAACUUAGUAUGGCUGCUACAGCAGCAGAUCCUACAACUGUUGAUAACCUUAGAAGUGAACCCAGAUACAAGACGUUUGAAAUUUAUCGCUGGGAUCCAGACCAUCCUACUGAGAAGCCUGUUCUUAAACGAUAUAAAGUAGACCUUAAUUCAUGUGGGCCCAUGGUGCUGGAUGCCUUGAUUAAAAUCAAAAACGAACAAGAUCACACACUUACUUUUCGUCGUUCUUGUCGUGAAGGUAUUUGUGGUUCUUGCGCUAUGAAUAUUCAAGGUGGAAAUACAUUAGCCUGUAUAUCAAAAAUCGAUAAGGAUACUAGCAAGACUGUGAAGAUCUAUCCUUUACCCCACAUGAAUAUCGUCAAAGAUCUUGUACCGGAUUUAACGCAUUUCUACAAACAGUACAAGAGUAUCGAACCUUAUCUAAAGCAAAAAACGCCACCUACGGAUGGCAAAGAAAAUUAUCAAUCGAUCGAAGAUAGAAAGAAAUUAGAUGGCUUAUAUGAAUGUAUUCUAUGUGCAUGUUGCUCAACGUCAUGUCCAUCUUACUGGUGGAAUCAAGAAGAGUACCUUGGACCUGCUGUACUUAUGCAGGCUUACCGUUGGAUGAUCGAUUCCCGUGAUCAAUUUGGUGCUGAACGUAGAGAAAAACUACAAAAUAAAAUGGCACUGUACCGAUGUCACACCAUUAUGAAUUGUUCUAAAACAUGUCCGAAAGGUCUCCAACCUGGUAAAGCUAUUGCGGAAAUCAAAGCAAAAAUGGCCUUUGAGUAA